GUUAGUUCCCACCGGAUGACAUUGUUAUUACGAUCAGCUGAUCGUUUGUAGGUUACUUUUAACCUAAAAAUGAUUUUUUUUAUCUUGACUAGAGUUCUGCAUUCAUUUAAUAUUUUAUUUUAAUUGCAUUAUUUUAGAAAACGCUAUUAGUGUUUCAUAAGAUAGUUUUGUAGUGCAGUUGAGAGGAGUGUGUGAACUGGUUCCUUCUACGAUCCAAUAUCAACUCAAAUGAGGGUAUGCAGACGAUAAUCACCAUUCCUAUGACAAGGCGACAUACCUAGAAGCACGUCCACCAUUUUUAUAUUGAAUCGAUCGACUUGGAAAUCACCUGUUUAUUUUGCUAUUUCGAGUAAAAUAUAAAAUUAAAUAGGACUAGUUUAAAACAUGAAUUUUCCUGAUGGAUCCAGAAAAGAAAUUUAGCUGGUAUUGUACUUGUAGAAUUUAAAAUUACCUUCAAUCAUGACGUGGAGGUACGAAUUAUUUUGAGGACUGAAAGGAAAAUAUUAAUAUGAAUUUAUUAUUGAUUAUAUCAUAGAUAGCUCCCUUUGUAAUAUACAGUUUUACAAAUUUUAUAAAAUGUCUUGUAGUGAAACGUCUCAUUCAAGAUAAAUAAGAGUGGGGAAAUUACUCAACCCUGGGGUACACCUUGUAUAAACUAUUGAUCUCGUAUAUGAGUUCAUUCAAUUUGAAAAUGUAAGCAUCGUGAUUACUUGGAACUCGAUUAAUCAGUAUGGAAUUCCUCAACGGAACCGUCGCCUCCCUAGUGAUGGACCUAAACACCUCCCUGUCGCUGCACAAGGACGGUACACCGGAGCUGGUGCUGCAAACUCCAACUCGACACGUCGGGGUGACCGGGCAGGUGGUGAUCACCGCCUUCUACACAGUCGGGGUCCUGGGGAACCUCGCCGCCCUGGGGUUCCUCCUAAGGAGUGACUCCAAGCCCCGGAACCCCAAGCACGCCCUGAUGUUGCGCUGCCUCGCCACCAACGACCUGGUCGCCGUGGUCGGGAUGAUGACGCAGAUGAACAUCCAGCUGUACUACCCCGCUGUGGGGCACACUCGCUGGUUCUGUGGGUUCCGGGUUCUGUGGAGACUCUUCGGCCUCGGCUCCGGGUGUGUAGCCAUCGUCAUGGCGGUCGAGCGGUGGUUUGCGCUCACCCGGCCGUUCUUCUACCAGAAGCACGUGACCACGGCUCUGAUCCGCAAGAGUAUCUUCUCGCUGUGGACCGGUGUGCUAGUGCUGGUGUGUCUGCCGCUGCUGGGGUUCGGGCUGUACUUCGAGCAGAGUACGGCCACCUGUGUGCGCUACAGGCUGGCUAAGGAGCCUCUAGACAUCGCCUACGCUUACCUCUUCCUCGCCUUUGGCACUCUGCUGUGUCUGUGUAUUGUGUGGUGUAACCUGGCCGUGAUGCGGGCACUCUGCCGCACAGGUCGCUCUGACAAGCGGCGAGUUCCUGCCGUCACGUUGCCUCGCCGCAUCAGUCGCAACCAGUCACUCACCUUCAACGCUUGUACUCGCGAGGAGCGAGCCUUCGCCCGCCUCAUGGGUCUGCUCUGUGUUGUGUUUGUCAUCUGUUGGAUGCCCCAGAUGAUAUCUAUUCCAAUGGCACAGUUCGACCCUAACUCAUACUCCAGUCGUACUUUCUUCCGAAUAGCAGACAUCCUGAUGGCUCUACACUUCACAUUAGACCCUUACCUGUACGUGCUCCAACGAUGGCCUUACUUCAGAGCGCUGUGUGGUAGUCGCAGCCGCCCUAACUCCGUCAAGACUUGUCGUGAUACCAAUUCUCACUAGAGUGUGAUAGCAGACAUCCUGAUGGCUCUACUCUUCACACUAGACCCUUACCUGUACGUGCUCCAACGAUGGCCUUACUUCAGAGCGCUGUGUGGUAGUCGCAGCCGCCCUAACUCCGUCAAGACUUGUCGUGAUACCAAUUCUCACUAGAGUGUGAUAGCAGACAUCCUGAUGGCUCUACACUUCACACUAGACCCUUACCUGUACGUGCUCCAACGCUGGCCUUACUUCAGAGCGCUGUGUGGUAGUCGCAGCCGCCCUAACUCCGUCAAGACUUGUCGUGAUACCAAUUCUCA